CGAGCACGCUCAAAUAUUGCACUUUUGUUUAGCUUCAUAUUUAUCUCUCGCCCUCUGUCUUCCUUUGUUUGCGUUCUGUUUUCUCGCGGCGGAGGAGGAGGUGGUGGUGGUGUUGCAGCAAUUCACGUCUCCUCUUCGGAAUCACUCUUCGCGUGCUUGUCUCUCUCUAAAUUAACAAACUAUAAAGUACAACCAUGGCGUCGGAAAAUUUCACCGACAAGAACGUGGUGUUCAGAAAACUGAAAGCGAAAUCGGAGAACAAGAUGUGUUUUGACUGUAAUGCCAAAAAUCCUACUUGGGCUUCUGUAACGUACGGGAUCUUCCUUUGCAUCGAUUGCUCUGCUUUUCACCGUAGUCUUGGUGUACACAUCAGCUUUGUUAGGUCUACGAAUUUAGAUUCAUGGAGUCCAGAGCAACUGAGAACAAUGAGCUUUGGGGGAAAUAAUCGUGCUCAGAUUUUCUUUAAGCAGCACGGAUGGACUGAUGGGGGGAAAACUGAGGCCAAGUAUACAUCUAGAGCUGCGGAGUUAUAUAGGCAAUUACUUUCAAAAGAAGUUGCUAAAAGCAUGGCUGAAGAUGCUGGCUUGCCAUCAUCACCUGUUGCUUCUCAGGCAGCCCAAGCAGCAAAUGGACUUCCUGAUGUCAAGAUUAAUGACACUCCUAAAGAAAGCUCAGUAGGAAAACAAGAAACACCUGAUAUAGUUCGUUCCCCAAAAGCUUCUCACACAGUUAUUACUAGUUCUGUGAAGAAGCCUCUUGGUGCAAAGAGAACUGGGAAAACAGGGGGACUUGGUGCUAGAAAGCUUACUGUAAAGCCUAGUGAAAAUCUCUAUGACCAGAAGCCUGAGGAACCAGCACUUCCUGUGCCUUCCACAACUAACAACACCACCACAAAAUCCGGCACAUCUUUUGCAUCUCGUUUUGAGUAUGUAGAUAAUGUCCAACCUGCUGAGCUGAUUUCUGGUGGCCCACAAGUGAUUAGCCAUGUAUCUCCACCAAAGUCAUCAAGCUUUUUUGCAGAUUUCGGGAUGGAUAGUGGUUUUGCUAAGAAAGGAAGCUCAAACUCCUCAAAAGUUCAAAUUCAGGAAACAGAUGAAGCAAGAAAAAAGUUCUCGAAUGCAAAAUCAAUCUCAUCAGCCCAAUAUUUUGGUGAUCAGAACAAAGCUGAUGCUGAUGCUCAAGUUUCAUUGCAGAAAUUUUCUGGCUCCUCUGCUAUAUCAAGUGCUGUUCUUUAUGGUAAAAGCGAAGAUCAGACUAUUGAUCUUGCUGCGAGUGACCUCAUCAAUCGGAUCUCAUUCCAGGCCCAACAAGACAUCUCUUCUCUGAAGAAUAUUGCAGGAGAGACUGGGAAGAAGCUCAGCUCCUUCGCAUCAACCUUCAUGACUGAUCUUCAGGACAGGAUCCUCUGAUGAAAUUGAUGGGUUCUGUGUUUGAGAAUUUUCAAGUUUGCUACAUUGCCCAUCAAUAUUUGUGUAGUGUAAUGUAAAAUGAGUCCAUAUAAAAUUCUUUUGGAAGAAAAAUAAAAUUUAAGACUUCUCAGGUCUUUGACA